AUGAUACGUAUCUUGGUUCAAGUUGUUUUAUCGAGUUACAAGUCCCUUUUACUCUGCGUGAUCCAAUUCGUUGUGCAAGGCGUACUUAGUGUAUUAGAUGCAGCUACGCACGCAGUGUCACAUGCUGUUCAUGAUGCAGCGCAAUUUUUACGGGCUAUUCUUGACACGCUCUUCCAAGCCGCUGACGGCGUUGCUGACAUCAUGACAGAUACGAUCAAUGGCAUUUUGGGUCUUUUUGGCCAGCAGAAAAUCCCGACGCAUUCCUGGUCGGAGCCGGCAGCUUUGCGGUACGUUACUCUCCGGGCAAGAUCUUAG